AGUGUGCCUGUGGAAUCCGAAGCCAAGGCCCAGAAUGAGAGUACUUGAAAAGCAUCCAUUCCAUCCAGGAAAAAAUCUAGUUUCCAUGUACCAAGGCAAAGAGAAACUCAUGUAUGUGCAAAACAGACACAGAGAAACACUUGGAAAAUGAUUCUUCAAAAUUAGGCAGGACUUGCAUUGCUCUUCUAAGUGCAGUUGCUGGUGAAAGCUAGAUAGGUGCAUCUGGUGUUUAAGUAUUUUUAAAUCGCUUGUGAGGAAAGGAAGGAAAUAGAAGAGAUCACUUUUAUGAACCACUAGGUGGCCAUGUUGCCAGUGCUUCCUGCCUGCUGUGUUCUGUUACUCUCAGCAGGAUUGCUGAGAAUAGUUGUAUGAUGCUCUACAGUCAUCAAGGCUGGUAGGAAAAUGAGACUGAUACUGUUUGGAGGCUGGCUGUUCAGAGAAAUGAGCGAGAGACUGGCUUCUUGGGAGAGGUGUUAACGAUUAUAUUUAAAAAGCAUUUUUUGAUUGUACAAUUUGAUCUACAUCAGCCCCCUGUGUUAAUUCAUAAAUAGGUUACCAAACUUACUGGUUGAGCUGUAAAAAACACAUUUUCUUGUAGAUACUCACCUGCCUUUAUGAUAAAUGCUGACUUAAUUUUUGAGCAACCUGUUACCUACAGUAAGCCCUGAGAGAAAUGAAAAGUUGCAGCAGUUAAUUCAUGAGAAACAUUAACCGCCCUUGGCCAGACCCCCCCAAGUUGUCAAGUCAAACUGUAACGACUUAUGCAGCUGAAGUAUUUGUUGUUCACAAAUUUGUUUUUUCCCCACCUAGUUGAACUCCCCUUGCAGGAUCACUGUGCUGUGUUAAUCGGCAGCUGUGACCUUCACUUGUUUCAGAUUAAUUCAAUAAUCCCACUAGUUCCAGAACCCAGUAGAGUAUUUUCUAUCAGCAGUCUUUGGAAUGGGGGGAGCCUGGAGCCAGAGAUCCUAUUUCAGUUGAGGUUUCCUCCACACCACGGGGUCUCAGGGCCCAUUUUCCUUGCCUAAGUGUGCUGCAAAGGGGCAGAGCGCUGGCCAGGAUUGGGCCACCCUCUUGAUAUUCAUCCCAUGCUCCACCCUAAAUAAUUCCUUUCUCCUAAGUUUUUACACCUUCCAAAUAGUGGUAGACUCUUACAGUAUUCUCUGUUCAGUCAUCUCUUAGCCAAGUCACAGUCUGUAUCUCUUAAUCUUUCCUCAUAGGUCAAUCUGUCUAGUCCAGAAGUUGCAGACUCCCAGCACCUGCUAAGUAAAGAACUGAGACAGAGACAAGCCCUUGAUACAGUUUCUAGGCAGAAUGAUGAUUUUACUCAUGACUGAUGCAAGGACUGUUGUUCAUAAGCUGAUGCUUUAACUCUCAGCCCUAUUCUGUAGCAGGAGACUCUAAGGAGGGCCCCCUGGUCACAGACAGAGUAGCAAAGGCAGUUAAUGGAGAAUUGCUUGAUUUCUCCAAGGAAGUGGGAAGUCCUAAUGAGAUGCAUUUGCUUGGCACAGGUCUGUGCCUCUCUGUAAGAGAGGCUGGGUGUUUUGGUAGGCUACCUGCUGUCAGGCAGUAAAGUGAAAACCUUUUUUAGAGACCUGGGUCAUGUCAGGCCAGUAAGCACAGCAGCCUCCAGGCCUGGCAGCAGUAGUGGCUGUGAAUCAGUCUGAGCUCUGUUGGCAGUAACUCUUUUUUAAUAUCUAUUUCAGAACCGUGUCCUCAGGCCACAGCUGGAGCAGAUGAUUUAGGGUGAAUGGUCUGUGAGUGUCAGCAGGUCCAUAGGCAGCAAGAGUUUGUGGGAGCAUGGACAUCCGGAAUAACCUGACUCGGUUGAAUAGGCUUGAGAACUGCACUGUGAUCGAGGGCCACUUGCAAAUAUUGCUGAUGUUUAAAACCAAGCCUGAAGAUUUCCGUGAGCUCAGCUUUCCCAAACUGACUAUGAUUACAGACUACUUACUGCUUUUUCGGGUAUAUGGCUUAGAGAGUUUAAAGGGGCUUUUUCCCAACCUCACUGUGAUUCGAGGAACUCAUCUCUUCUUUAACUAUGCUCUGGUCAUUUUUGAGAUGGUUCACUUGAAAGAGAUUGGCCUUUAUAAUCUGAUGAACAUUACUCGAGGUGCAGUGCGGAUCGAGAAGAACAAUGAACUGUGUUACUUGUCCACAAUCGACUGGUCUAGGAUUUUAGACUCUGUGGAAGACAAUUACAUCGUUGCCAACAAGGAUGACACAGAAGAGUGUGGAGAUGUGUGUCCAGGAACUGUGAAAGGAAAAAGCAACUGCCCACCUACUGUAAUAAAUGGCAUUUUCAUUGAACGCUGCUGGACCCAUGAUCACUGUCAAAGAGUUUGUCCACCUGAUUGUAAGUCACAAGGCUGCACCUCUGAUGGUCAGUGCUGUCACAGCGAAUGCCUGGGCAACUGCUCGGAGCCCAACAAUCCUGAGAAGUGUGUGGCUUGCCGUAACUUUUACCUUGAUGGCAAGUGUGUGGAGACCUGCCCAGCCAAGUACUACCGCUUCGAGGGGUGGCGUUGCGUGACCUUCAGCUUCUGCCAGGAGCUGCACAACAAGUGUAAAAAUGCCAGGGAAUCCGGGUGCCAUGUUAUUCACAACAAUGAGUGUGUUCAUGAGUGCCCAUCGGGAUACAUCAUGAACUCCAGCAACCUGCACUGUUCUCCAUGUGCAGGGCCCUGUCCGAAGAUUUGUGACUACAGCAAAGAGAAGAUAAUUGAUUCAGUGACAUCUGCACAGGAGCUUCGUGGCUGCACCAUCAUUAAUGGAAGUUUAGUCAUAAACAUCCGUGGAGGAAAUAACAUAGCAGCUGAGCUUGAAGCGAAUCUUGGCUUGAUUGAAGAAAUCUCAGGUUACCUAAAAAUUCGCCGCUCCUAUGCCUUGGUUUCUCUCUCUUUUUUUCGUAAGCUACAUCUGAUUAAAGGGGAGACAUUAGAAGCUGGGAAUUAUUCCUUCUAUGCCCUCGACAAUCAGAACCUGCGCCAGCUCUGGGACUGGAGCAAACACAACCUCAGCAUAGCAAGGGGAAAGCUCUUCUUUCAUUAUAACCCCAAACUGUGCUUAUCAGAAAUCCACAAAAUGGAGGAGAUCUCUGGGACUAAGGGACGUCAGGAGAGGAAUGACAUAGCCCUGAAGACAAAUGGCGACCAAGCCUCUUGUGAAAAUGAAUUGCUGAAGUUUUCGUCUAUCAAAACUUCUCAUGAUAAGAUCCUACUAAAGUGGGAACCGUACUGGCCACCUGACUUCCGUGAUCUCCUAGGAUUUAUGCUUUUUUACAAGGAAGCUCCAUACCAGAAUGUAACAGAGUUUGAUGGACAAGAUGCCUGUGGAUCAAAUAGUUGGACAGUGGUUGACGUUGACCCUCCUCCACGGUCAAAUGAGCCGAAAGCUCAGGCCCAGCCAGGGUGGCUUCUGCGGGGGUUGAAGCCAUGGACUCAGUACGCUGUGUUCGUUAAGACACUGGUCACCUUCUCGGACGAACGAAGGACAUAUGGUGCAAAGAGCGAAAUUAUCUAUGUCCAGACCAAUGCUACUGUUCCCUCAGUCCCAUUAGAUCCAAUAUCGGUUUCCAACUCUUCGUCCCAGAUCAUUCUGAAGUGGAAGCCGCCCUCUGAGCCAAACGGGAACAUCACACACUACUUGGUGUUCUGGCAGCAGCAGCUGGAGGACAGUGAGCUUUUUGAACUCGACUACUGCCUGAAGGGACUAAAAUUGCCUUCGAGGACUUGGUCUCCCCCUUUUGAAUCUGAAGACCCUCAUAAAUAUAAUCAAAGUGAAAAUGAGGACAUCAGUGGAGAGUGUUGUUCCUGUCCAAAAACUGACUCUCAAAUACAGAAGGAGCAGGAAGAGUCUGCCUUCCGCAAAAUGUUUGAGAACUAUCUCCACAAUGUGGUGUUUGUCCCCAGAAAAAUAACAUCAGGGAAUGGAACUGAGGACUCUAGGCCAUCACGAAAACGAAGAGAUCUUGGCAGUGUGGCUAAUGCCACUGUGGUGGUACCCACCAUCCCAUCUUCGUUGAAUACUUCCUCUGCAAUAGCACCUGAAAAUGUAGAGGAACAGAAACCUUUUGAGAGAGUUAAGUCUAAGGAGUCCUUGGUUAUCUCAGGUCUGCGGCAUUUUACGGGGUAUCGGAUUGAGCUCCAUGCUUGUAAUCAUGAUGCCCAAGAAUCCCGGUGCGGUGUCGCAGCAUAUGUUAGUGCCAGAACCAUGCCAGAAGCAAAGGCCGAUGACAUUGUUGGUCCAGUUACCCAUGAGCUGGUUGAAAAAAAUGCUGUUCAUUUGAAGUGGCAGGAGCCAAAGGAGCCGAAUGGGCUAAUUGUGCUAUAUGAAGUGAAUUAUGGGCGUCUUGGGGAGCCAGAGGAGGCGCACUACUGCGUUUCUCGUAAGCAGUUUGCUAAUGAACAGGGCUGUAAAUUACGUGGACUACAGCCUGGAAACUACAGCGUCCGAAUCCGAGCCACCUCGCUGGCAGGAAAUGGGUCGUGGACAGAGCCCUCAUAUUUCUACGUGGCUGAUUAUUUGAACCCUCAGUCUAAUAUUGCUGUUGUUGUUGUCCCAAUCAUUUUUUGCAUAAUAAUUGCUGGAAUUAUUGGAGCUGCCUACGUAUUUGUGAAAAAGAGACAAACUGAAGGACCAACUGGGCCACUCUAUGCAUCCUCUAACCCAGAGUACCUGAGUGCCAGUGAUGUUUAUGUGCCCGAUGAAUGGGAGGUCCCACGAGACAAGAUUAACCUUCUCCGAGAGCUCGGGCAAGGCUCCUUUGGGAUGGUGUAUGAAGGGAUAGCCAAAGACAUAGUGAAAGGGGAGCCAGAGACUCGGGUAGCUGUGAAAACGGUUAAUGAAUCUGCCAGCCUCCGGGAGCGCAUUGAGUUUCUGAACGAAGCUUCUGUAAUGAAAGGGUUCAGCUGCCAUCAUGUGGUUCGCCUCCUAGGGGUGGUCUCAAAAGGACAACCCACACUGGUUGUCAUGGAACUGAUGGCACAUGGAGAUCUGAAAAGUUACCUUCGCUCCCUGAGACCUGAUGCUGAGAAUAACCCUGGCCAUCCCCCACCAACUCUCAGAGAGAUGAUCCAGAUGGCUGCAGAGAUUGCAGAUGGUAUGGCUUACCUGAAUGCCAAAAAGUUUGUCCACAGGGAUCUUGCAGCCCGUAACUGUAUGGUUGCAGAAGAUUUUACUGUAAAAAUUGGAGACUUUGGCAUGACCAGAGACAUUUAUGAGACUGACUAUUACCGUAAAGGAGGCAAGGGGCUGCUGCCUGUGAGAUGGAUGGCACCCGAAUCUCUAAAGGAUGGUGUCUUUACUGCUUACUCAGAUGUGUGGUCAUUUGGAGUUGUCCUUUGGGAGAUAAGUAGUUUGGCGGAGCAGCCAUACCAAGGACUCUCUAACGAACAGGUGCUAAAAUUUGUAAUGGAUGGAGGAUACCUGGAUCAGCCAGACAACUGUCCAGAGAGACUGCACAGCCUGAUGCAGAUGUGCUGGCAGUACAACCCCAAAAUGCGCCCUACCUUCAUCGAGAUCAUUGAGAUGCUGAAGGAGGACUUGCACCCCAGCUUCCAGGAGAUGUCAUUCUUUUACAGUGAAGAAAACAAACCUCCCGAGACAGAGGAGUUUGAGAUGGACUUUGAGAACAUGGAGAGCAUACCCCUUGACCCUUCCUCCUAUUCGCAGAGGGACAAAGUACUGGGGCGAGACAAUGGGCCCUCCAUGGGCCUCAAGGGGAACUAUGAAGAGCAUAUACCUUACACUCACAUGAACGGUGGCAAGAAAAACGGGCGAAUUCUGUCAAUGCCUAGGUCGAGCCCUUCCUAACACCUCCUGUUUGGCCCAAGGGUUGUGUCUUUGCUUUUCCCCUCCAUGAAUCUCAGGACUCUUGUUGCUGCUGCCACAGCAUAUGACGUACAACGAUAAACUCUCUGCUCAGAUUUUUAAUCAUCCUAUGAUUAAGAGACUUUUUUUUUUGACAAGUUGAGUGGUUGUCAAUUGACUUAUCUGUGAACAUAAAUGGAAAAGGUUUCCAUGGUGGCUGUCCCUUCUGUAGCCAUGGUUCAAAACAGGAGCUGACCUUGUAAAUUAGGUUGAAAGAAGAGAAUCCACAUUUGCCAACAAAGGAAAUGAAAAUCAAUGAUGUCUGAGCUACGUUAUAAAGGUGCAGAACAAAACUUCUGCAGGACAUAAAUGUUCUCAGCAGAAUUCCAAGCUUUAUGGCAUCCUCUUCAGAAGCAUUUCUUUCACUACAGCCAAAGGAUUUUAACACCCAUCAAUUGGACACGCCAUUUCCUCAGAUUGACCAAUAGCUGCUGCUUUCAUACUUUUUUAAUGAGUUAAAUCCGUGUGUGUGUGUGUGUGCGCGCGCGCAGUAUAUAUACAUGGGGUGUGUGUAUAUAUAUAUAUAUACAAAUAUACACUUCUUUUGUACAUAAGUUUUGUAUGUUCUCACAGAAGCUUUCCUCUUCUUGGAAGUGUGUAUUCUCUUUCCCAGUUUCCUAGAGUGAUUGAACCCUAAACAGAUUAUUUUUGUACUAAGGACUCUUGGGGAGUAGUUUUCUCUCAUUAGCAUAUGAGGAAAAAUAUGCUAGGAGCCAAAGGAGUAGAAAUCUGAGAUUUGUGGCUACCUUCAAGACCAAACAAAACAGGAACCCGUGACCUGAUAUCGUGCUUUCUGUCUUUAUAGCAUUGAGUAUAUAUAUUGUUUGUUGUAGCAUAUUUAAAAUGUUUUUAGUUUUAAAUGUUAACUACCAUAUAAAUUAUUGAGUGUUUAUGAUUCUUUUUUGGGGGAGGGGAUUGGGGAGUGAGUUUGUUUGGUCUUAAAGUGGUCCAUGGAUUUCAGAAUGAACUUUAUUUUAGCUGAUUAUCCUCUUAGGAACUAUGAAGCACAUGUUAAGUUUGUACUUGACAAGGCUUUAAAAUACAGUUUUGUGAUUUAUAUCACACAGUCAGCCGGCUCCAGCUAAAGCCCCAAGAUAACGUAUUUUGGACUUGAGUUGGUUGGUGGAGGCUGACAGACAAAGCAUUGCCUCAGCCCUCCGUCGCUCUGCUACUUCACUUUCUUUCCCUUCCACAUGCACUUUCCCACAGACAUUGGAGAAAACGGCACCAGGUGAAAGAGCAAAAACUCUGACAGAACAACAGACACUAACCCACCCACAGGGGGAAGUGCCAGGCUCCUGGCUCCAUGAGUGGAGCCGAAGCUGAACGUGACUGUGGUGAACUAGUCUGUGCCUGUCUGCACCCUGCGUGGGCAUUUGGCCUGGCACAACAACUGGGACUUUGGUGUUUUCCUGAGAUGCCUGCACCAUUCCCCAUGGAUCGUUAUGGGGCAGUUUUGUUCUUAGCCCUCCCCUCCAGCUCUUCAGGAUGCUAACUUUUGUGUUUUGGGCUGGGCUUUGUUUUGCUGCUCUUUGCAUAAAAGGCAAAGCUGUUUAGCUUAGGGUGUUAGAAAAGCAUCAUGAAACUACAUGUCUCCUACAGUGAUGAAAGGAUGUACUGUCAGGGAAAGGGGCUGAAGCAGGGGGGAGUGAAUGUACUAAUAGGCUUGAAAGAAGCAAACCCCUGGAUCUUGCAGGCUCUUAUAAUGCAGGUGAUGAUUUCAAAGAGAGACAGAAGGUGAAAAUCAGCAGCUUUUCUUUGUGACCCCAUGAGUUCCCUGUGCUGGGUGCAGUCCUGGCUUAUCUGGGUGGGGCACUGAGCAUGUAGGUGUGUGGCUUGUUACUUCAGACCACAUGUGGCUGCUUCGGCCUCCCCGCAAUUGAAAGACCAAUCACUGAAAAUAAAAUAAGGGUUGGUGCUAAUAGGGAGCACAUCACUGAUCCCUCCCUGCUAACCCAAAACUAUAGAUGCCUGGUAGUACAGCACCUAGAUAAAGGAUUAUGCACCUCCUGAAAGGAACAGCACCCCCUUAUGUUUGUAGGGCCUGACUCAGUUGGGACAAAGGGAGAAGGUACAAAAAGAUUGUUCACAAAAUGAGAUGCAAAAUGUAUUGUAUAAAUCUGAGGCCAGAACUUCACAGUUCGAAAGGUCUAGCUUGCAUACUUGUGCUUUACAAACUAGUAACUAUUUAGCAGCUCUGUGCUACACUGCAGGGAAGAAAUAUUCACACACUUUUCUAAUUGAGAGAGGUUUUCUUAUUAGGAAAAUUUUUAUUUAUUUUAAUAUAAAAUAAAUCACUGUAAAAACAAACAAUUUUCUUUCUUAAAGCAUACAGAACGUGUACAUUUUUAUCUUUGAAAACUAGGCAGGAGGGUGUGGUGGGUUUGUUUGUUUUUUGUCCUAUUCUGGCACAGUCUACCUCAGUGUCCCAUAAGGCUAUUUUUAAUAUUGUGCAUCUCUGGACUUGAUGAAAUAGUCUGGUCUGGACCUAUUAUGAAUUGGAGAAAAUCAAUAUCAACUGAUUCCAAUACGAGGGACCAUUCACCAGAGGGAUGGGAGAACAGAAAAUCAUUAUUUAUCACUUAACUUAAGCAGUGACGACCAAAGACCCUAUUUGUGGCUCUAAGUAGACAAUGGUCAAAUUUGACUGAUGCUAUCCUGUUAGUUCUGCUAUGAUCAAGAAAAUAUCCUGAUAUGGACAAAAUAGCAAUUUCCAGGGUUAAAUAUUUUAAGUAUUUGGACAUUCUUCCUGAUGCAGUGCCCUGAAAUAGAAUAAAUGGCAUUUGUUUGGAAUAACGUGACCAGUGUGGACCAGAUAAUCAACAGUGCAUAAUAGAUCUAGAAUCAUAGAAUAUCAGGAUUGGAAAGGACCUCAGGAGGUCAUCUAGUCCAACUCCCUGCUCAAGGCAGGACCAAUCCCCAACUAAAUCCCCAAAUGACCCCCUCAAGGAUUGAGCUCUCAACCCUGGGUUUAACAGACCAAUGCUCAGGCCAGUGCUCAAACCACUGAGCUGCCCCUCUAGUUUGAGUUGGACAGCUUGGAUCAUGUCUAUGUUCUUAAUUUAUACCAGUGUGAAUCUGGAGUAAUUGAUAGCAAGAUGUGACCCCGAAAGUACAACUUUCUCACCAUAUUGUUGCUUUAGGAACAUUGCAGAAUUGAAGUGAUUGUCUCUGGCUAUUGUUGGCACUGUAGAAGACCUUAUAUGUACAGAAAUAUUGGAACCUCGUAUUGGGUUUGGCUAGCUUUAGUUGAUAUUGGUUGGCCCUGUGUAGUGCAUAUGACUUGCAAUGUCCAGCUCUUUGAAGAAGGCAGGGGAUACAGACUGUGUUUUGUGGUCCAGGCAGUCCAUUCACAUGGCAUAAAUACAUGUUCCUCACAUGAGUUACUUCAAACUUCUUUUCUCUUUCUCUCUCUGCAUGCAUGUGUGUGAGUGCGGGGGUGGGUGUUGAAAUGGAGUUCCUUUAAAAAAAAAAAUCAGCUGUUACAGCACUUAGCUUUUAAAGCUGAUGCUUGUUUUUCUGAAGAGGUGAGAAGCACAACUGAAAAUGCUCUGUUAAAGCCCAACAUUUGCUUUGGAAAAUCUUCAUUUUUAGCCCACAAUUGACACUGUGGUCCAUGCUGUUGAAAUUUGUCAUUAUCCUGACGCGUAUUGGGACUCGGAAGAACCCUGGCAUUGUGUCUUGCUGGGAACUACUCCUAUAACACCAGCCAAGAGGCAGCAGGGCCCAUGCAUGAAUAUAGUUGAUGAGAUCUCUGUGUGGUGGACAAAAGUUUCUGGUUUUGAGCUGUUCCUACUAACUCAUUUGCAGAAACGGUGUUAGCAAUAAUUGGCUUGUUCCUGGUCCCUGGGGAGCUGUUGCUCUGAUGAACUUAACAGAUUCAUAUCAGAGCUGAAAAUACUGUGACUGUAACAGAAACACAAGCACAUGCUGAGGGAGAAAUCCUGUUCUUUGGGGAGAGGCGAGGAGGAGGAGAACAGUAGUCCAGGACCCAGGGUGGAAUGGCUCAGGAUGAGCAGCUGCAGCACACUACUGAGAAGCCCUCUUUCUCCUUGUCCAAAACAUGUCUGGAUGGGCCCCCCUUCCUAGCAUUCACUUGAGAAUCUGUAAAGCAGGUAGGAAGUUCUCCACAUCCCCCACUGUGAAAGGUGUCCAGCCCCACAAUGUAACACUAUUUCUAAAGCUAGCAAAGCAGAAGAGAUGAGCAGCGAGUCCCUGUGCACUGCCGUCUUUCUGUAAUGCAGACGUUAAAGCGUGAGACCAGACCAGUUUCUCAGAAGCAUUUGCUCGUUAAAUUCAGUUGCCACUUCCUGAAUGCCUCUUGCGAGGCUGGUGGUACUUCACUUGCAAUACAGCACACCUUGCACUGCAGAAACCUAUCUGCUAGGUUCAAAAAUGUCUGUUGUGGCUGCUUGUAAAUAUUCUGUCCUUGUAAAGCAGAAGAGCUGAUUAUGGUAAACUAACUGGGCCAGCAGUGAUUAGGUUAGACAUGUGACAUGAAAUAGACCAAGCUGCAGCUCCACAAUCUUUCUUACAUUGAGUAGUAAAGCAGCUACAUCAGAUGGAAAAAGGCUGCUGUUAGGUUGCUAAAGGGUACUCUGGAUUAGGGGUAGUAUAUCUGUUUCCUGUCAAAUUUGUGUUGUAAUAAUGGGACACUUCUGCUUAAUUUUUUCUAUGUUGCAUAUGAUGAUGGUUUCUCUUUGGAAAAUCUCAAAGUUGCUUCCUGUGUUAUUUACCUAGAAUAUGAUGGAGAAGGAGGACAGGAGUGAGGUAGAUACUGUGCCAAUUAUCCUUGAGCCUCAUUUUCUUGGGGGAAGGGGAGAGGAGAGCAAAUUCCCUCUUGAAUAUCACUGUGCUAUGAAGAAGGGGCCUUGAGGAGCACUAAGCCUUCGCUACGGAGCUGGUGCCUCCAUAUAUUACUGAGACUGUGCACUUGUUUUACAAGUUAGAAAUCAAAUCAAAAUUUUUUGUGCCAUAAACGUUUGCUAAAGAGACUCAUGCUGGGUGCCCCAUCAGUCCAUGUGAGAUGGGUUCCGAGGCUCUGCUCUCGCAUCUCACCAGAAUAAUACCAGAGGAAAAAAGAAAACUGCAGGAGAACCUUUGAUUCUCUUUUUCUAGCCUUCCUCAAAAGCCGCCUGACUAAACUUCUCUUGGAUCUUCUCUUUUACUUGGAGACUAGGUGGCCAUGUUUUAUGUCAUGAACUAAUUGCCUUUGAAAGCACAGCUGAUGCCGCCUAUCAGUUUCCUUAUUAGUAGCAUCCAGGGAAAGAAGCUGUUGAAUGAAUUGGAAUUGAGGAAUAGUAACUUCAGAAAUACAUAAAGGCUCUGAGAUAAAAUUAGUUGUUGUUUCUAUGAACUUAAUAAAAAGGCCAAUUUUAAUGUAUCUUCUGCUUGGCUCGAUGCUAACUCUGCGUGCAUACUGUACACAAAUGUUGAUGUAAGAGCAUUAACAUGCCUCAGCCUGUUCUGUUUUGGCUUGCCUUGUUGUUAAUAUCAUAAGAAUGAGGCCAACACUAAUUCUUCUCUUUGGAAGAAUUUCAGUAUUUGAAAGCAAUUUUAAAACUUCAGUUUUUAUCAAAUACCUGCUGCCAUGAAAUAUGUCCUUUUUAAAAAAAAAAACAAACCAUUCGUGUCUUUCCAGAAGAUAAGCACUAAUUCUUGCAGUUUAACAAAUGUCCUGCACCACAAAGCAAGCCAUAAGAGUGCAGGUGGAGAAGUGGUGAUUUUUAUGUUGUAUAAUAAAGUUAGGGUUCAUUUUUACAGUGUUACUUUUUUUUUUUUUUUUUGCUGAAGUAGUUGCAGUCAGCAAGAAAGAAUGUUCCUGAAAGUCUUUUUUGUUCUUAACUCCCUAAAUUGUCCAAAAUCCUAGUAAAUGGUUCGUUUCACUCAUUCCAGAAAAUCAUGACUGAUAGAUGCUUUGGCCCAGACUUCAGUGGUUUGAGCAUUGGCCUGCUAAACCCAGGGUUGUGCGUUCAAUCCUUGAGGGGGCCAUUUAGGAAUCUGGGGCGAAAAUCUGUCUGGGGAUUGGUCCUGCUUUGAGCAGGGGGUUGGACUAGAUGACCUCCUGAGGUCCCUUCCAACCCUGAUAAGCAUGUAGUUAAUAAUUAGACUAACUUUUCAAAGGACUUGAAUAAAUCUCAUUGACUUAAAUUACGGCAUGUGCUUGAGCAACUGGCUGAAUCAGGGCCAGUAUUAACACACUGCAAAGUAUAUUCCCAGUUCAGCUCUGGCUUUGUAUUACAAUUAACAGAAGAACCUAGGUUGAACUGGGAAAUAGUGACUCAACUAGGAAGUCCUUGCGUUUCUCUGAUGUAUUAUCCCCCUUGUUACCAAAGCACUCUUGUCUAAUUUACAUUCUCCAAGCAGCACCCAGUAACCCUUCAACACCCAUUACUGAAUAUUUACCCCCACCCCACCCCCCAAAGAUGGAAUUUUUAGAGAGGCCACUUUUGACUUCGGAAGGUUGAAUUAAAAUUUUAAAAUCCUAUUAAAAUUAAAAGCUUUUACCUUUAGCUUUAUGUGGGGUGCAGAUACACUUGUUCAAGUAUCAAAACAGUAGUUUGUGUUUGAGGAACUAGGCAGAUGUGGGUACUGGUCAUCAGCUUUAUCAAACUCAGCCAAAAGUAAAUAUUGUUCUGCUUGUACCUUAAAUAAACUGAAGGCAAAUUCAGUUAAAUGUUAGGUAAAGUUCUGUGAAGUCUUUAUAUUUUGUGUUUAAUCUUGCUGCUCCUGCCUUCCUUUCUGCACACAGAAGGUCCUAGAAUGCUGAUAGUCUUGCAGAUACCUCUUUUUUUGAAAUAAAGUAAAGGAUCAAAAUGUGCCAUGGUUUAAGAAAAAAAUUUUAAAAAAAAGCUUGAUUUAUUUUUUCAAUGUUUUCAUAUAAGAGCCAAGCAGUGACAAGUAUAAAAAAUACCUUUGAAUAUUAAAAAUCUUGCUGUGUGUAAAAUAUUGAACAAUUAACUGUUUAUAUUAAAAUUCUGAAUAAAUUAUCCCAGAAUCACUGUA